AUGGGAACGACGAAGAUUAUUGAGUUAGAAGAAGGAUGGGGAAUCAUUCAGAAUGAGAUUACAAAGAUGAUUAAUACUCUUGAAGGUGUUCCUGAUUCACCAGAUUAUGGUUCAAUUUACUCAACAGUUUACACUUUGUGCCAACAGAAACCUCCUCAUUAUGAAGCAGAAUCUGAAGGGGUUUAUACUAGAUAUGAAGGUGUUUAUAAUGAUUACUUGACUUCUAAAGUUUUACCAGCUAUUCAAGAGAAGAAUGAUGAUGUAUCUAUGUUGCAAGAAUUUGUAAAGAGGUGGGCUAAUCACAAGGUUAUGGUGAGUAAACUCUGUCGAUAUUUCAAUUACAUGGAUCGCUAUUUUGUUCUACGAAUGAAACUUCCUUGCUUGAAAGAUGUUGGGUUUGGUUGCUUUCGUAAAAUUGUGUAUGAGAAGAUGAAAAUGAAAGCUAGGAAUACUGUUAUUGCAUUGAUUAAUCAAGAACGCGAGGGAACUGAAAUUGAUAAGACUUUGGUCAAGGAUGUCUUAGAGGUGUUUGUUGAAAUUGGGAAUGAGAAAUUGGAUUAUUAUGUUAAUGAUUUCGAAACUGCGUUUUAA